CACUUCCGUUCAUCUGCUGAUCGAGUCAGAAAGACAGUGGAAAUGGCGGCCUUCGGACGAAUUUCUCAAACUCUCCUGCGGUCCUCAUUGAUCCAGACUCGCCAACUCUCUGCCACAGCGGCUCAUGGUCAUGGGGAGCAAACAGCCAGAACAUGGAAGAUCCUCUCCUUUGUGGUUGCCCUUCCAGGAGUUGCAGUGUGCAUGUUGAACAUGUACCUAAAAAUGCAGCACCAUGCUGCACACCAUGUGGAGCCAGAGUUUGUCCCUUACAGCCAUCUUCGCAUUCGCAGCAAGCGUUUCCCUUGGGGUGAUGGCAACAAGAGCCUGUUCCACAACCCUGAAGUGAAUGCCCUCCCUGAUGGCUAUGAGGGACGUGAUGAGUGAUCUCUCCCUCAGACCACCUCACACACUGGGACCAGUCUCUUUCCUCAAUUCAUUACUGUUACUGGACCACACUCCCCAAACUGUUUACUCUUCUCUAUUCUAUUAUGUUUACCUCUG